UCAGCUGUUAAUAGAAAUUACACACAACUUCAAGUGCAUAGCCGAUUUAUUCUCCAACCGUCAUGAAUCCCGAUGAUUAUGAGUCUUUGCCCACGACAAGUGUGGCCAUUAAUAUGACAGCUGGAGCCAUAGCCGGUGUUUUGGAGCAUAUUGUCAUGUAUCCCAUGGACUCAGUAAAGACACGCAUGCAGAGCUUAUCCCCAGCCACAUCAAAAUUAAACAUCACAGCAACUUUCCAGAAUAUGAUUAGAAAAGAGGGUAUAUUCCGACCCAUAAGAGGCGUUACAGCUGUUGUGGCCGGAGCCGGACCAGCUCAUGCUUUAUAUUUUGGUUCCUAUGAAAUGUCCAAAGAGCUUAUGACCAAAAUAACCAAACAUAAUCACAUAAAUUAUAUGGCUAGUGGUGUUAUUGCCACCCUUAUUCAUGAUGCCGUCUCCAAUCCAGCUGAGGUCAUAAAACAACGUAUGCAGAUGUACAAUUCACCCUAUAAAUCAGUUGUGGCCUGUUUGCGUGGUGUCUACCAGAAUGAAGGCCUGAAAGCUUUCUACCGAUCCUAUUCAACUCAAUUGGUAAUGAAUAUACCAAAUCAGACAAUACACUUCACCACAUAUGAGUUUUUCCAAAAUAGGCUAAAUCAUGAACGGAAAUACAAUCCACCGGUGCAUGUUGUGGCAGGUGGUGCGGCUGGAGCAUGUGCGGCGGCAGUUACCACACCAUUGGAUGUUGUCAAAACGUUGUUGAAUACUCAGGAAACGGGCCUAGUGCGGGGAAUGAUGGAAGCUAUUAAACAGAUCUAUACUAUGGCUGGUCCACUUGGUUUCUUCAAAGGUUUGACUGCCCGUGUUCUUUAUUCAAUGCCAGCUACCGCUAUCUGUUGGUCCACCUAUGAAUUUUUCAAAUUCUAUUUGUGUGGUCUGGAUCGCGACCAAUAUAAAUCAACAAUAACUGGCAAAAAUGCAUUGCAACCGCGUAAAAUUUCCAACACAGACGAAGCACAACUUCUGCACAAUGCCUAUGUUUUACCAGUAUCUGAGACGACAGAAGAAACGAAAUCUCCCAAAGAAACAGCCCCUCAAACCACACCACCUUCACUACCAGCUGGUCCCAUUAAAACGGUGUGCGAAUUGUCGACGGCUGUGGCAGCACCGACCCUCAAUUUGACCACCAGACACACCGAUGUGAAAAGUCCCUUCGACAGAGGAUUCUCGAGUACAUAAAGAUCACACUGAAAUGGUACAUAAAAAACUACACAAAAAAUAUCCCUACAACGUACUAUCGAGCGCCACUUGUUAAAUCACGCCAACGA